AAUAAAACAACGGUAUAAUGCAUAAAAUUGUUUACAACAUGAAUUUUAAUACAUCAUGAGACAAAUUAAUGGUAUUGGUGUUUGGUCAAUUAUAGUACUGUUUUGCUUUCUGAGUGAGAAUUCUGAUGCUAAACGAAGACGAAAAACUGUGUACAGUCGUACAGUGCAAACCAACGCUGUGACGACGAAUGGAGACAAUUGUUCAAACAUAGUGGCUACAUCUAUGUUUAUAAAUACAAAUAAAUCUAUUGGAAUAUGUGGAAGAAAUAGUGAGAACCCUUAUGGUAGAAUUAACACGAAUGAACCGAGGUAUCCAUCAGUAUUUAGUGACCUUACAAGGAAAGAAAUGAGAGGGUUACUUGACUAUUUGUAUUCAAGUAAAGAAUUAAAUCUCACCAGAUUUAGAAAUGCGACUAUACGGAGUAACUAUCUUUACCUAGCAGAAAUGUUUAUGCCAUCUAAAGCAGCCGUGUUGAACUAUAUAGAUGAUGGUAAUAGUAAACCACCACGAGAGGCUCAUGUUGUCUUAAUAAGAGGUGGAGAUCCUAAACCAAAUGUUCUUGAAAUAGUUGUUGGACCACUUCCAGUUCCUAACGGGCACCGACUGUUUCCAUAUCGACGACAACCAAUUCCAUUUUUCCAAAGACCUUUUACAUCAAUUGAUAGCAUUUCUCAAAAUCUGAAAGAACACAUAGACAAAGAAUUUGGAAGACCACUUUAUGAAUUAUACGGAGGUAACCUGAUCAACUGUGGGAACAAAUGUUUAGAUGUGGGUCUUUUUGCCGAAGUUCCGAUAUCAAAGGAUGAUGAAAAAAGCUUUGCCUGGUACAGUUUUAAUCAAAACUCUGAACAUAAACUUUUGAGACCAGUUGAUUUUUCGGUAUAUGUAGAAAUCAAUUUUCAAAUUAUCAAAAUCUUAAAAAUUUGGUUUAAUGGAAGACUUUUUCAAAAUUGGAAGCAAGUGAGAGAUUAUUACAUACGAAAUAAACGAAAAAUUAAGACAAUACGUUUUCCUGAAGAAUCUGAUAAUAUUUCAUUAAGUAUGCGAAGAAGGGGACAACCACCGUUCUCUAAACCAUUACGAAACCCGUCACAGAUUUCACCAGAUGGAAAACGAUACAACAUCCAGGGGAGACAAGUGAAAUACAUGUUUUGGAAAUUUGAUAUAAGUAUGUCAAUAUUUACUGGACCACGUCUUUUUGAUAUAAGUUUCAAAGGUCAACGUAUAGCAUAUGAAAUCAGUAUACAAGAAUUAACAUCGUUUUAUUCUGGAUAUAAACCAAUGGAACACUACUUUAAUUUCUUUGAUGUUAGAUUAUUGCUAGGCUUGCAAUCAAAGUAUUUAGAACCUGGCGUAGACUGUCCCAUUGAUGCAACAUACAUCGGUUCAUACUUUGUAGACAGAGGGUCAGACGUUCCAAUUUAUAAUGCACGUUCAUUUUGUGUAUUCGAACUGAACACUGGAAUGCCGCUGAGACGUCACCACUCGGAGUCCUCUCACAGAUUUUAUGAAGGAAUGGUUAGCGUCGUUUUAACUGUCAGAACCAUUAUAACUGCUGGUAACUAUGACUACAUUAUAGAUUAUAUAUUUUACCAGACUGGUGGAAUAGAAGUGAAGGUCAGUGCGUCGGGCGUUAUAAUAGCAACAUAUCAUGACCGACAAAAUCCGUACAGUUUUGAAAUCAGUGAAAAUUUAAUGGGUCUGAUUCAUCAACAUUUAUAUCACUUUAAAGUUGACAUGGAUAUAAAAGGAAGGAAUAACAUAUUUGAAACUCUUGAUAUUGAAAAUGAUGUCGUUGCUAGUAAUGAAAAACCAAAUUCAAAAAUUCAUCAAAUUAAAUUUGCAAGAAAAUUGAAGGCUACUGAAAAGCAGGCAGCAUAUAAACACAACUUUCAGCAACCCAAACUUCUAGUGAUAUCAAAUAAUAAUAUAAAAGAUAGAUUCGGCAACACACCCGGAUAUCGGAUAUUGAAUACAGGAUUGACACAUAAUAUACGACCACCAGGAACAGGAAACGAACCAGGAAUCAGUUGGUCAAACUAUCAAGUUGCUGUUACCAAACGAAAAGAAAGCGAACCGGUAAGCAGUUCUAUCUACCAGCACACCAAUCCAGAACAACCUAUAGUAAGGUUUCAGGAUUUCAUAGACGACGAUGAAAACAUUGUUGAUAAGGACAUCGUGGCAUGGAUUACAAUGGGGUUUUACCAUAUUCCUACGAAAGAAGACCUACCAAUGACGCAUACUCCUGGAACAGUACAAAGUUUUUUCUUGUUGCCAUUUAAUUAUUUUGAUGAAAAUCCAGCAAUGUCAUCUCGUAAUGCAAUUAGAAUUGACCCUAUAGAUGUUAAAGGUAAAACAAAGUCAGUGAAGGUUGAACGCUAUGGAGUACGAAAAGAAAACGCGUGUUCAUGUAUACCUCCAAAGAAUUACAACGACAAGGUGAUUAUGGACGAUCCAUGUCUUGUAGUGCAGUGUUUGUAGACAAAUAAAUAAACAAAAACAUUUUUUUCAAAUGACACGUUCUGUUAAAUCAUUUAUUUUCGUGAAUACCAAUAUUCGUGGAUGAAGGGAAACUUGAAUGUUCACGGCACAUUUUGUAUGAAUUAUACAAAAAAUACACCAUUUUGUGAUUAGAAACCAAACAAAAUGAUAGAGUUGUAAAAUAAAUUAGGAAAAGAUAGCUUUCAGACAAGGCUUUGAGAAUACAUAAAGAAAAGAUAGGGUCAGCGUACGUUUUUUUCCCGGCUUAAAUACAAAAUAGGAAAAUUCCAUGAAGAUUCCUUCAAAAAAUGCAGUGUUAAAGUUACCUCCCCUUAAAAUGUUCAUUUGAAAACAUUUAAAAACAACCAAAUAUAAUCUUCACUGGUAAAAACAAUAAAUUUUAUAAGUUAUAUUCUUAUAAAUUGGCUGUUGAAUGAA